GAAAAAAAAAGCUCUUACAUUCGCCUAUGUCUGUGUAACUCGUUACUGCUGAGCAUUUGUAGAGAUCGUGACUCGGAUGAGUUCAUUAACGCUUGCACUUUGGUGCACGAUGCAGUAAAGGAGAUCCGAAAUGCCUUGUUGGUUAAUCGACAUCCCGAAGAUGUCGACUCAGACAACGAGUAUGAAGAUGAUGGACAAACGAAUGCACCCGACAACACGAGCAGGAUAUCAGAAGGAGAAAAUCAACAGCGAAUUAUGCGUCGUUUGCCUGAAGAAGACAAGAAGAGAAUUCAGGAGCAGAUUGAUGUGUUCAAGAUCACUCAAACCAAAUUCGAAAGAGAGGUAGCCAAGUGGGAUGAGAGUGGUAACGACAUCAUUGUAUUAGCAAAACAUAUGUGCAUGAUUAUGACGGAUAUGACUGAUUUUACUAGAUUUGGCGUUAAAAUCGUCAUUAUAGUCAAUCUGUAUUACAGGGGCCAUGGUCCAUUGAAGACGACCAUGGACGUGAUUCGAGCCGCGCAAGAAAUUUCAGUUGAUGGAUCAAAGCUGAAUGCUUUGGCGAAACAAAUUGGAGAUGAAAGUGUGGACUCGAAUACCAAGGCAGAUCUCUUCGCUUACUUAUCGCGAAUCACUUUGUAUUGCCAACAACUGAAUAUCUGUAGUAAGGGCGAGGUUAGCAUUGCGUUUCGCCUAAGCUAUCUCAAAAAUGAGUUAUAAGU